CUGGUUUCAGAUUUGUGGAUAAUUUGAUAUUCAAACUGUGAUUUCUGGCAGUCUUAGUUCAAUGCGGUUCUGCUGGUUCUUAGCCUGCUGCCUGGCAGCACGGCAGGAUGAAUGCAAAAAAAUUAAGAAAUGCGUCAAAAAAUACGGACUGGUGGAGCUAAAAAGAGACCUGGAGGCUUUGGGAGUGAACAUUGAUGGGCACGUGGAUGAGACUAAAAAGAAAAACAAGAAGAAGAUCAAAAAGGAAUUACAAAAGACCCUCAUAAAGGAGCUGAAGAAGAUUGAGCACGACAAAAAUGGACUGGACAACAGGGCCUACGAAGACGUGUUCACUAUGCCCAUGGAUAUCCCCGAACAUGUCCUAUCUGCUCUGAAUGAACUGGAGGCUUUGAGAAUUUACAGUGAUGAGGACGUGGAUGAAACUACAAAGAAAAACAAAAUGAAGAGAAAAAUUGAACUACAAAGGUUCCUAAUAAAUGAGCUGAAGGAGGUUGAGCACAGCAAAACUGACCUGGACAACCACGUUUAUGAAGAGAAAUCACUAAUCACUAUGCCCAUGGAUAUCCCUGAAGAUAUUCUAAAUGCCCUAGACGAUCUGGACACAUUCUUGGAUAAACAGUUGGAAGUAUCAGAGAGACAUGAACGAGAAGAUGCCGUGCUCGACAGUCUCCUGUUUAAAGUGGACUCGACUCUGGAAGGACAAAUGAAAAGGAAGAGAAACAGAGAGCAUGGAGGCCAGACGCUGGAGACAGGAAAGAGAGGGCGAAGCGAGAGGCCUGUUCCUGGAGUGCCCUACAAAUUCACAAUGACUCCGUUCCUGGAGUGCCCUACAAAUUCACAAUGACACCGUUCCUGGGAGGAGGUUUUGUGUGGUAGGACACAGCAGCAGUCGACUGACAAGGACAAGGACCAUCACCAACAAUCAAUAAAACCAAAACCAGAAGCCAGACUUCUGGUGAUCUUCA